UUAACAUUGUUUUAAGUUKUUGACAACUGGAUACUAAAAUAACAUAAAAUAUGCCGUGGGUUGUUGCACGUUUUGUGGAAACCGAUGAAGUGGAGGUUUUACCUGAAAAAUGGUUAGUGCAAGGAGGCAAUGCUCUUUACCCUCCUUAUGGCAGACUUAAAUUGGAGAAAAGCAUAAAAAAUGAAGAUGACCCUCAAGAAUGUUGGAAGUCGUACAAAGUUGAGUUGAUGAUUAAUAAGAGUUAUCCAACAUUUUUAAAAGCCAGUGCAAAAGCAAAUAAGGCUUGUGUGACAUCAGACAUUCCAGACUCUGAAUGUGAGUUGCCAAAAAAAAGGCAGAGAAAAAUACGAACUGGUUCAAGCAGCUUAGAAGACUCUGAAAGUUCUUUGGAAUUUACAGCAAAAUCAAUCCGGGAAGAACAAAUAACUAUUGGUAAGGGUGGUCAAUUUAGUGAUUUUAAUAUUAACAGCCCUAGUUUUUUGUUAGGCCAAAAUUUGCAGUUGGUAUACCUUAGUAGUUUGCCUAGGAGGUCAACACCAACUUCUAGUAACUUUGCUAAACUCAAAGAUAGUGCUCUUAUUGGUGACAAACAGACUGAUGUUUCCGCACACCAUAGGAUGUCGGUAGAGGAUGAAAAAAUACCAACAUAUAUGGAGUCAUUCAUUAAGCAAGCACUGGGAUACUCAGUGAAGCAUAAAAUAAUUCUGGAAGAUCACGAGCAAGAUCUUCAAUCCAUUAGAGAAAAGUUGGAUCAACAAACCGAAAUGUUGGGCAGAAUUUUGAACCAUUUGGAAGGGAAAACAAUUCCCGAACCUGCCCAUAAUAUUUCGGAAAUUGAGUCACAAUUUCCCAUAAAAGAUCAAACUGGGUUUGCGCAAGUGGAGGCAUUAUUAGAAAAUGCUGAGUUAAAGAAGGAAGUUAUUGCUCAAAUGAGUAGAGUGGGAGGGAAAAAUUAUAAAGAGACGGUAAGGAGGAUUUGCGAAAAAAUCAUGGACGAUAUGUACAUGCUAGGCUACAGCCUGGUGGGACAUAAGGGCAAGAAGUUAUUCAAGUCCACAAUACUGUUUAAUAUCAUCGUGGAUGCUGUGCUGUUAAGCGAUCAACGGGUGACGGCUAAGGAGGUUGAACUUCAAGUCGGGUGUUACUUUGCCAGAGCCAAAGAAAGGGUGUCAAGACAACCUAUAUAUAAACGACAACAUAUAAUAAUGACCUAUAAUAUYWKAUAUAUUAAUAAACUAUGUAAUUAA